CUUUUUUCUGUUCAAGUUUUCUUGUUUCUCUCUCUCUCUCUCUCUCUCUCUCUCUCUCUUGUCUCUCUCCCUCAGAGCCGGGUCUUGAUUUGAACAAAGCAUCAUCACUCACCCCGGAUGAGAGAGAAGGUGAUAAAUCUGCUUUGGGGGGGGCAGAGAUAGGGAUAGGGAUAGAGAAAGAUCGAGCUCUGGUGUCCUAGAAAUUUGCAUUGUCAUGAGGACCUGCUUUAGCAGUAGGAGGGUGGUCGUCGUUCAACAGUGGCUUCUUCUUCUUCACUCCUCUCAGCAGUAACUUUUAAGAUUUGAAGCUUGGUUUCAAGAAUUCUUCAUGUUUUGGCCUAGUGUGCCUUCAAGUGUUAUUGGAGCUAACAAGAAAGUCUAGUGCGUUUUAUUGGGGGAAGAAAAAGAGUGAAAUUGCGUGCCUGAGUGCCCUCAAUUGUACAUUACCAAAGUAGAUGCAUGGAUCGGAGAGGUGCAAUGUCAGCCUCUUAUUACAGUCAAAGAGGUGCAUCUGGAACUGGUUCCGGAGCACAGUCAUUCUUCCAUGGUUCACAUGGAAUUCACCCGUUGACAAGUGCAAGUAUGCCUUUUCCGAGCAAUUUUGGAGGCGGUUCUUUGGGAUCGCCAUUGUCUGUGGAGACUUCGUCGGCAAUUCAGACUCAUGAAGUUAGUGUUGGGCCGCCGGCAGUCGCGGCAGCUCCACCAGGUGAGCCGGUGAAAAGGAAGCGUGGCCGGCCAAGGAAGUAUGGUCCUGAAGGGACCGUGUCUUUGGCAUUGUCGUCCACGUCGGUCUCUCCCCCAGGACCAACAUCCACACCAAGGCGUGGCAGAGGGCGGCCUCCGGGUUCUGGCAGGAAGCAACAGUUAGCUUCCGCAGGUGAACUACUGUCUGGUUCAGCUGGAAUGGGUUUUACUCCCCAUAUAAUCAAUGUCGCAGUGGGAGAAGACGUAGCUGCGAAAAUAACAUCUUUUUCACAGCAAGGGUCAAAAGCUGUAUGCGUCUUGUCUGCCAAUGGUGCUGUAAAUACUGUAACUCUACGUCAACCUUCUAGUUCUGGUGGCACCAUCACAUAUGAGGGCCGUUUAGAAAUUUUGUGUCUUUCUGGCUCGUUCUUGCUUGCAGAGGAUAGUGGUUCUCGAAAUAGAAUGGGUGGUCUUAGCAUCUCUCUUGCCAGUCCCGAUGGUCGUGUCAUUGGUGGAGGAGUCGGGGGAAUGCUCAUAGCUGCAAGUCCUGUUCAGGUAAUAGUGGGGAGCUUUUCAUGGGGAAGUUCGAGAACCAAGCACCGGAAAGGGGAAGGUUCAAAAGCUCGUGCCAUGAACACGACAUCAACGCCACCACCAAGUCAAAACCUAACUCCAGUUUCCAUGGGGGUUUGGCCGGAUUCGCAGCCACUGGACAUUCAUGAUCAUGUGGACAUUGAUCUGAUGCGGGGAUGACAGUUUUAAGGGGUAUAGGCACAUUGAUGGUGUAUAUAUCUUGCUCUUCUGGUGUUGCAAAGACAUGACCUCUUCGAUUAUGAUGGUAUAGCAGCUGACCUAGUCUUAAUGUGCAUGUCGUGACACAUUGAUUCGCGAACCGGUGAGAUACCGGUACUUUUUUGUAGCCUUAACUUGAAAAGUUUUCCGUAUUCUUUCCGGUUUUCAUUUUCUGGCUGCUGUUUUGUGUACAAUCUAUGAUUGGCUCUAAAAAAAGUCUGUGCUUCUGUGUUUUAUA